AUGGAUAGGCUCAAGGCUCCUGCUCGCCUUAUGAUAGUUUCGGAUCUUGAUCAUACAAUGGUUGAUCAUCAUGAUCCUGAGAACAUGUCUCUUCUUAGGUUCAAUGCGUUAUGGGAGGCUUGUUAUCGUCAGGAUUCCCUACUAGUUUUCUCCACUGGAAGAUCACCUACACUUUACAAGCAGUUGAGAAAAGAGAAACCCAUGUUAACACCUGAUAUAACCAUAAUGUCUGUGGGAACUGAGAUCACGUAUGGCACCUCUAUGGUGCCUGAUGAUGGUUGGGUUGAAAUUUUGAAUCAGAAAUGGGAUAGGAACAUCGUCACUGAGGAAACGAGCAAGUUCCCUGAACUUACUCUUCAGUCAGAAACAGAGCAACGGCCACACAAGAUCAGCUUUUAUGUUGAUAAGGCCAAGGCUCAGAACGUGACGAAGGCGCUAUCAGAGAUAUUUGCAAAACGUGGGUUGGUUGUCAAAAUAAUUUAUAGUGGUGGAAUGGACUUGGAUAUACUACCCCAAGGUGCUGGAAAAGGGCAAGCUCUUGCAUAUUUACACAAGAAGUUUAAAUCUGAGGGAAGACUACCUGCCAAUACUCUUGUUUGUGGUGAUUCUGGAAAUGAUGCUGAGCUGUUCAGCAUUCCAGAUGUACAUGGAGUGAUGGUUAGCAAUGCACAAGAAGAGUUGUUGCAGUGGCAUGCUGAAAAUGCUAAAGGCAAUCCUAAAAUAAUUCAUGCAACUGAGAGGUGUGCAGCAGGGAUCAUACAAGCUAUAGGUCAUUUUAACCUUGGCUCCAAUACUUCUCCAAGAGAUAUAACCAACCUUUUGGACUCUGAGUUGGAAAAUGUCAGUGCCAGUAGUGAAAUAGUGAAAUUUUUCUUGUUCUAUGAAAGAUGGAGGCGUGCAGAGGUUGAAAACUCUCAGCUAUAUUUGGCAAGCGUGAAAGCUGAUUGCGAUGCAUCUGGUAUUCUUGUCCAUCCAUCUGGUGCUGAGCUUUCUCUUCGUGAUGCUGUGAAUGGAAUGGGGAGCUACUAUGGUGACAAACAGGACCAACAAUUUCGGGUUUGGUUGGAUCGUGUACUAUCUACACAGACUGGUUUGGAUACCUGGCUAGUAAAGUUCAACAAGUGGGAGUUAUCAGGCGAUGAGCGACAAGGUUGUGUGACCACUUGUAUAAUAAAUAUAAAGAAGGAUGGUCUUUCUGGGGCAACUUACAUGCAUGUUCAUGAAACUUGGCUGGAAGGAUCAGGAGCUAAAGAUCAAUCAAUAUGGCCGUUCUAG